CACAACUAUUCUUCUUCUUUCUCACUAAGUCCUCUUAUCUCUGUAAAUCCUCCCUCUUCUCGCUAUUUUUUUUCCUGUGUCUCUCUCUCCCUCUCCCUCUCUCUCUCUCGGAGUUGCUGUGGCCUGUGAUACUUGAGUCGCUGUAAUUGAUCUAUAAUUAGGAACGCUGCAGAUGGCGGAAUCUGUAGUAAAGCUGCCAGGCUCUGUCGUCAUGGGACCAGAAUUCGCCAGUGAGAUGGAGAUCACGGUGCAGUCGGACCAUACCGGCAACUACGUUCUCCUAGUGUACGGCCAUAACACUAUUGAGGAUGUGCUGGUCGAGAUUCUCGGCCGCCGCAGGGCAGGGCAAGUGCCAAAGCCGCGGCUUUUCUUCAAUGACCUAGAGUUGCAGGAGCAGAAAACCCUGGCAGACUGCGGAAUCAAACCCGGCUCCGUGCUGCACCUGAAGUGCACGCAGCGGGUGUUGGCACAAACUGAUGACUUUGCUAGUCCUACAAAAAAGGUGGAAAAGGGCUAUGCAGAUUCCAGCUCUUCCGUGAGACUCGAGGGGGAUGGUGAAAUGAAAAUCUUUGUGCAGUCAGAAUAUUAUGGAAAUUAUGCGCUUGAGGUGGAAAACGCUAACACCAUCCUGGAAGUGUUCAACACUAUUCUUCCUAGAGGGCGGUUAUACGAAGGACCGCUGCCUAAACUUUAUUUCAAUGGCCACCAACUGGAGCGGAAGAACACUCUGGCAGACUACGGUAUCCAAGAUGGAUCAAUCCUUCACCUUGAGGCCACAGCGCCCAGGUUCAGCUUUAUGUUAGGAGAAAGAGAGAAGCCAAAGGUAAUUUCGGGAAGAAAAAAGAUUAUAAUAACAGAUCGACCUUCAGGUAUAUGGAACGAGGAGUAUGAUAGAUUAUUGAUUAAUUUGUUGCUGAAGCAAAUUUCAAUUGGAGGGGAGGAAAAUAUACUACAAGGUGGAGAGGAUUUUUGGUGCAACAUAGCAGCCAAGUUCAAUGAAUCAACUAGCUUGCAGUAUGAGCACAAACAUUUGUUUAAGCGCUUCAAUAGUUAUAGAUGUGAUUAUCCUAUAGUGAACCGCAUCAGGCAUCAUCCGAAGUUUAGCUGGGAUUGUCAACAUGAUAAAGUAAUUGCUACAGAUGCUGAAUGGAAUGAAUAUAUCAAGCAAAAUCCCGACGUGAAGCUCUACCGAGAGAAAGAAAUGCCACAUUUUAGUUUAUUGAAAAUCCUGUUUGACAAGAUGAAAGUAUUAAAACUCAUAGUUUCCAAUGAAUGAUUGGUUUGAAAAGAGCAUUGUUGUAAUCUAUCUAUUCACUACUCAUGAGAUCUAAAUCGCAAUAAUCUCGUCUCUUGAUGGAGGCGAACAUUACUAUCCUGUAUUUUUCACAUGUAAUUUCUCAUUAGUUUGAAUAUGUAUUGUGUUAACAUAUGCUAUUAGCUUAUGAUGUAAGCCUAUAAUUAAUGCUUCUAUAAUAAUUUCAUAAUAAAGUUAUUAGAUA